CUGCCCGUCGUAUCAGUGGUGAGAGAUGCAGAGUCCCAGCUCCUGCCCGACGUGGGGGCUGUGGUAACAUGCAAGGUUUGCAGCAUUAACUCUCGCUUUGCCAAGGUGCACAUCCUGUAUGUCGGCUCCACACCACUCAAGUCCGCCUUCCGGGGGACCAUACGGAGCUGUGCCCCGAGCAGCGGGCAGGAGUCCACCACAGAGAAAGAUAAGGUGGAAGUGUACAAGAGUUUCCGCCCCGGUGACAUAGUCCUGGCCAAAGUCAUCUCACUGGGGGAUGCGCAGUCCAACUACCUGCUGAGCACGGCGGAGAAUGAGCUGGGCGUGGUGGUGGCGCGCAGCGAGGCAGGCUGUCUGCAGAGGGGAGCCUGGUCCUGA